CCGAGCCUCAGUCUCGUCCGCGAUGCGGCCGCUCUGGAGGGCUGCUGGGGUCGAGGGCUUGUCGUGCUCAAGCUGCGCUGCUAGUCCACAGGGCGGCAGUACCACAUGUGGUGGCGCUCUGGUUGACGGAAUCAGGUGCAUCCGCCAAAUUAUGGCCGUCAACACGAGGUUGCGCGCGAGGAGCUAUCUUGGCGUCUUCUGCCAGUCUGCAACCAGGUCGACCCACCCUUCACUGAGGGCCGCAUCAUCAUUCGUGUAAUUGGGCCUAGCAAGAUAUACUCCAGGUUUUCUG